AUGUCAUUAUCAGAAAAGUCCAUCAAUACAGUAGGUAUUGAUUCCAAAAAGAAGAGUGGCACACACUUGGAAAAGCCUUCCACGGGGAAAGGCACCAUUAGCAACAAGUCUAGUCAGCAGCAACAACCCAUGCCACGGCCUAUAUUGUUCAAAAGUGGCAGUUCGGCUAGCUCGAUCGUAUCCAAGCAAUCGAAUUUGCCACCGUUGAAUACCACAUUCGACAAGACUCAAAAAAGCACACAGCCAAUAUCGCAACCAACGCCCGUGGGGGAGUCGUCUCCAUUCACGCCUUCAACUCAGGCGCACACCUCUGGGGACUUACACUCUGAAUCAAGUACGCCUAUGAAGUCAGUUAGUUCUAUCUCGUUCCAGGUGCCCACCGUCAACCCUCAGAAACAUCGUGGUUCCAUCAGUGCUCGACCUUCAACCACUAAACUGUCCCUGGAAUCCCCGGCUUCUGGAGUCCCAAGUUCAAGACAGCCUUCAGGCACUCAUCCUCCUGCUACACUGGCCCACGAGUUCCCCCACCAAGUCAAGCACACGGAUGCUGGGUCGUCGAAAACAACCCCAACAACAGUGGUCCCUCUUUAUUCCGCUAUCGGAAAAGAGUCAAGAGAGCAUAGCGUCUCGUCAAUUCUAAGUGACAGACACCCAAGCUCGCAUUCGUCUCCAAGAAAUCUUUCGUCUCCAUCUGGCGUCACAUCGCCUGUCUCUUUUGACUUGGGUCCUCAGUCAUCUCAAAAUUCCACCGUUGGAGGCGACACUCUGCGGAACGAGAUCUUGUUCCAGCCACUUUCAGGCGAGAAUCGCGUGCACUCGCCUCCAAUGGCGUCAAAGAAAAAGACCACUACAACGCCGAAAACGGUGGUUUCCACGCCAACAGGUCCGGUGGUUCCAUUCACCGAGUAUCUCAGCAAAGAGGACGAUGAUAAAAUUCAUAUUCUGAUCGGUGCUACUGGCUCGGUGGCAACGAUCAAGAUCCCAAUGAUAAUUGACAAGCUUUUCAAGCUAUACGGGGUUGAUAAGGUGUCGAUCCAGUUGGUGGUUACGCAGGCCGCAGAGCAUUUUUUGCAUGGACUCAAGAUUUCUACAGAGGUGAAAAUCUGGAGAGAGAACGAAGAAUGGUCGACGCCGAUGACGAAACCAGGCGACCCUAUACUGCAUGUUGAGUUGCGAAAGUGGGCAGACAUCUUCCUGAUUGCUCCUCUCUCUGCUAACACUCUUGCCAAAAUUGCCAAUGGUAUUGCUGACAACUUGCUCACAUCGAUAAUUCGGGUGUGGAACCCGGCCAUUCCUAUCAUCAUGGCUCCCGCGAUGAACACUUUGAUGUACACACACCCGAUCACAAAAAAACACUUUGCUGUCAUCAAGGAGGAUUUCAAGUUUGUCGAGGUGCUGAAACCGAUUGAAAAGGUGCUCAUAUGCGGAGAUAUAGGAAUGGGAGGAAUGAGAGAAUGGAGCGAGAUUGUGGAUAUUCUCUACCGGAAGAUGAAGACAUUACAAGCAGAAAAGUUAAGGAAAGCAAACGAGAGGAUUGAGGAGGAGGAGGAGGAGGAGGAAGACGAAGAUGAAGAUGAAGACGACGACGACGAAGACGAAGACGAUGACUAUGACGACGACGAAGAUGACGAUGAAGAGGACGAUGUGGAGUCCACGGUCGUCGAAAAUAAGCCAUCCCGCGAAUGA